AUGGCCACCGCCAUGUGCACUCAAGCCACAUUCUUGAAGAAAGGCUGGAAGUUAUACUGGCCGCCUUCUGGAAGAAACUGGCACAGACCCAAACAGCCAAAAAGGCCCCUCGUCAGCCAGUCAUCCCUCUGGCGCAUACACCAGCCCCGACAAGCACCGAGGAGCCACUGGACGGGACGAAGCGAGGGAGGAGAGCGAGAGCUACCCCUCGACUCCUGGGCCAUAGACCACGCAUCAGAAACCGCCUACCUGGGUCCCGACGCAGGCCGAAAGCCCACGCGCAUGGCCCACUGCGGCUCGAGCCAAGAGGACACUACUGGGGGGACCACGCUUGGCACACAACCAGCGGGGGCCAAGAUGGACACUCAGUGCCUUACCCGCCAACAAACUAACAAAGCUGAAGGGCUGAAGGGCUUUGACUCGGUACCUGGAGGAAACACCCAGACACAGAACGUAAGCCCACCACACAAGAUACCCACGACAGGCUGGUGA